CAAAAGGCAAGCCCCACCUUAUCCUUCUCCGUCGCCAAUGGAGCCAACACUGGCUCUUCGCUCCGCUGCGCUCCGGCCUCUUCCGGCCGCCUCCGCCGCUGCCCUUUCCGUAUGCUCUCUUCUCCACCGAAACCCUACUUGUUCUUCUGCUUCUGGUGCUGGAUUAUGGCGUCCUACUCUCGGGAGUGGUCGCAGGAAUGGCUUCUCUAUCUCCAGUGGAAGGAGUUAUCCUAUAGUGGAGGGUGGAGAGGAUGAAGAAGAUGAGACUCUUUCUUUCCUAUCUCUGAGUGAGAAGCCUGACCGUAGCUUGGCUGUGCUGGAUGAUUACGAGCUGGAAGAGCUCGAUUCUGAUCCUCCGAACCAUAAGAGUGGAUAUGUGGCAGUAUUAGGUAAGCCAAAUGUUGGAAAGAGCACUCUUUCAAAUCAAAUGAUUGGUCAAAAGCUUUCAAUAGUUACGGAUAAGCCCCAAACUACAAGGCAUCGAAUCCUUGGUAUAUGUUCUGAGGCUGAAUAUCAGAUGAUUCUUUAUGAUACGCCUGGAGUUAUUGAAAAGCAAAUGCAUAAGUUAGACUCUAUGAUGAUGAGAAAUGUUCGAAGUGCUGCAAUUAAUGCAGACUGUGCUCUGGUUGUAGUUGAUGCCAGUAAGAUGCCUCAGAAGAUUGAUGAAAUUCUUGAAGAAGGGGUGAGUGAGCUCAAAGACAAGCUUCCCAUUUUGUUGGUGUUGAAUAAGAAGGAUUUGAUAAAGCCAGGAGAAAUUGCAAAGAAGCUUGAGUGGUAUCAGAAAUUUACUCAUGUUGAUGAUGCCAUACCUGUAAGUGCCAAAUAUGGCGCUGGAGUGGAUGAUGUCAAGGAUUGGAUACUGUCAAAGCUUCCUUUAGGGCCUUCUUAUUAUCCCAAGGAUAUAGCCAGUGAACAUCCUGAGAGAUUUUUUGUUGCCGAAAUUGUAAGAGAGAAAAUAUUUAUGCAAUAUAGAAAGGAAGUUCCAUAUGCAUGCCAGGUCAAUGUUGUAAGCUACAUUAGCAGGCCCACCUCAAAGGAAUACAUUCGUAUUGAAAUUGUUGUUGAGAAAGAAUCUCAGAAGAUUAUUCUUAUUGGCAAGGAAGGAAAAGCUUUAAAAGUAUUGGCAACAGCUGCAAGACUUGAUAUUGAAGAUUUCCUUCAGAAGAAAGUCUAUCUUGAGGUGGAGGUUAAAGUGAAAGGAAAUUGGCGUCAAGACGAAGACUUGUUAAGGAAUUAUGGCUAUGAUGAAGAAUCAGGUUUAUAAUGUUUUAACAAAAGAUUUCAUGGAAGAAGUUUGUUAGUUCUUCCAAGAAAGAUGUUAACUUGUCGGCACCGUAAUCCGCGCCCCAACUGCUUCACCUAAAUGGGACCACCAAAUUCUAACCGUCCGUUCCGCCGAAUCUCCCGCUUUCCACGAUGAUCACGGAGAUCCUACGGUCAGAUCUUCUCACCUUAAUGACCGGGGUAACAAAGUGGGUCCCAAUUGAAGAGUGGGGGGAGAAUGGUUGAACAUGGGCAUGUGCACUCAGUGGCCGACCAAUCACGUGCGUCCCACGCGUGCCUCGACCCCUGAAUGUUGGACACGUGGCAACUGAUAAAAGGUUUGCUGAGAAAACGCAUCCAACGGCUGACACUUGGUUGGUAAAGAAUUGAACCGAAUCCAAGCUUUUGUCUUUUGAGCGUUGGGGGAUCUUGUCCGGUUUUAAGGGACCCGUUUUUAUUAUAUUACUACUUGAACAAUUGAUUAAUUGGGCAUGGUUUUGAUUCAUUGUUGUUGUUGUUAUUAUUAAUUUUUUCUAUGGAAAGAGGGCGGGAGAAGCUUUUGAAAUUGUGGUAAAAUUUGCUAG